AUGGGAAAAAGGAAAAGCCUCAACUCUCCUUCGGCUUCUGAUUGGUCAUCUGAGUCAACAGAAAACUUCUCCGAAGAAGGAGAGGAGGAAGAUGUUACGCCAGAAGCUGAAGAAGAGGAAUCAUCAAGCGAAUCUACUUCUUCCUCAACAACAUCAUCAACACCUUCAUCUGAUUCAAGCGCAGAAGAUGAUAAAACUAAAAUUCAGAACAUUCCAGAUUCUCAAACAAUUAUUACCCCAUUAUGGGAAGGAAAAUUUAAUGAAGAUACUUCAGAAGAUUUAAGUAUCAUGAAUAAUUUUGACAUGAGCAAAAAACACCUAAGAUUAUCUCUCUUAGAAAGAAGGAUUAAUCUCGGCGAAGAUCAUGUUCACCUGCAUCCAGGAAUGGUUCCAAAUCUUGAAAAAGAAAAGGAUGAUCUUAAUUUUACAGAUAUUGAAUUAGAAGAAGCUGGAGAUUUUAAAACACAUUUCGAAGAAACGAUUAUUCCAACUUGGUGGCCCAAGCGACCAUGGGAUAAAUCAAAAGACUGCCUCGAUACGAAAGAAUCUGAAGAGUUGCUUGAAAAAAUUAAAAACUCUACAAAAAGAAGAUAUGGACUCAAUUACACCCGAAGCCAUAGAUUAACAGAUAAUGAAUCAGAAAAUCAGUUAAGAAAAUUCAAGCGAAAGCUCAUUUUAAAUUACUCACUUCUUGAUUACGAAACGGAUAAGAGCGAUGAACUUACAGAUUGGGAUGAAUCCAUUGAUUUGCUAUAA